UCGUGCGUGUUUGUUGCAACAGCUAAAUCAUUUUUGGGAAAAUGUUCCUUCUUGUUGCUUUCUAAAAACUAUCCAAAACACAUGAAAACUAGUAUUUGGUCAAUGUCCACAACUGUAAUUGAUUUGUUUCUUUAUUACCAGUAUUAGCAGUAUAACCCUCCUUAUCACGGUGUGUUCAUAUCGAUAUAAUAAUUUCAACAAAUAUGGAAUAAUAGCAAUACAUGUUCAGGAGGUAAAACAGACAGCGGAGAUCGAGUGCUGCGGGCCCUUUAAGACUGUCAGUGUCGCCUUGGUUACAGGCAGGACCCAACAGUGUCUUUAGCAUGUCAACAUCUGCGACUUGAAGCGUUUCAGUCUUCCUAUUCUUUCUGUCGUCGACUUUUACCAACUGUAGCUCCUCUCUGACAAAGCAAGAAGAUGAGCGGGAGCGGUGACGACAUCCAGCCCGUGAGCUGCACCAUCAAACCUCCGGUCUACCUGCACAUCGGAGACACCAAAGCAGACGCAGCUCGCUCCGGUGUUUGUGUUGUAGACGUCACCCUGCCCUUUGGAAAGCCUGUCAACAUUGAGGAAAUCACCUUUAAGAACUACUACACGGCGUAUGUGACGGUGCGUUUGCUGAGGAAGAGUUUGGGGCCGGAGGCCAACGCUAAGUGGUGCACUGCUCUGAGAGACCUGCCGCUGAUGGACAACCCCCACACAGAGGGGGGGUCCCAGGACUACUGCUCCAUCCACAGGACACAGAUGCAGGUGGAGGCGGAUCAUGUGUCGUCUGUGAGACUGAUCCUGAGACAGCCAUCGUCCGCCUGGCUCACCUUCGGCCUCGAACACAUCCAAAUAUUCCCUCACACAGAGCCGGACCCAGAGAAGGAGGUUUCUGAUUGGCUGUCUGAUCUGACGCUGGUCGACCAACACCCUGACCUGGAGGGCCUUCCGGACCCCCAGACGGUUUCAUCCAGCAUCCAGCAGAUGUGGGCUCUGACUGAGGUGAUGCAGACCAACCAGACUACAGCCUCCAUCGGACGGUUUGACGUGGAUGGAUGCUAUGACAUCAACCUGCUCUCCCUGACGUAACCUGGCUGCUGACGCCUUCCUCUACAUGUACAUAAAGCUCACUUUAUGGAAGAUAUAAUGAUAGGAAACUAUUCAAAUGUAUAUUGCCUGCUUAAGAGCCAUAGACCCAAUCCCAAUGUUUGUUCACAAUAACUUCCGGGUAGAAAACUCCUCCUAAAUUGUACAAAUUUAACCUUCCUGUUAUCCUCGGGUCAAAUUUGAUCCAUUUUCAAAAUGUUUCUAUAUCAGAAAUUUGGGUUUCUUAUAACCAAAUUGUCAAAAGAAAUAAUGUGGAUGGUUCCACACAACCAAUGCUCUUUACAAGUUUAAUAAAUCAGUUCACUAUUUUCAUUAAA